ACAACCGGCAGCGCGGGAAAGUGUGGACGUAAGAGAGAAAACAACAGUGGAAACAAAAUAAUUUUAAAACACAGAAGGCUAAUGGAUCCCUCGGAGGUUGAAUUUCUCGCCGAGAAAGAGACGGUGAAGAUUAUACCGAACUUCAGCCUAGAUAAGAUUUAUUUAAUCGGUGGUGACCUGGGUCCCUUCAACCCUGGACUGCCAGUGGAAGUCCCCGUGUGGCUCGCUUUAAACCUGAAGCAAAGACAGAAAUGUAGAAUUGUUCCCCCAGAGUGGAUGGAUGUUGAGAAGCUGGAGGAGAUGCGAGAUCUUGAGAGGAGAGAAGAUACUUUUACGCCUGCCCCCAGUCCAUACUACAUGGAGCUGACUAAACUACUGCUCAACUAUGCAUCUGAUAACAUCCCUAAAGCAGAUGAGAUCCGCACACUGGUCAAAGACAUCUGGGACACUCGUAUCGCCAAACUCCGCCUCUCUGCCGACAGUUUCAUCAGUCAGAUGGAAGCUCAUGCCAAGCUGGACAACCUCACUCUGAUGGAGAUCAACACCAUAAGAUCGUUCCUCCUCGAUUCGCUGAACUGCAUGUUCAAACUACGGUCCAAUCUGCAGCCUGGUUCAAGUAAAGCACAGUUCACAGACUAUUGAUACAAGAGAUCAACAGGUGUGGAUUUAUCCUAGACUGAGGUGUGUUCUUACUCGUCAGACAAGACUUUUUACAUCCAGAAGAUUUUUUUCUCGUGUGUGAUUUAAGCAAGCUUAAGUUUUACUCUGCCUUUUUAAGAAGUUUGCAUUUUUUCUGUGUGCAUAUGAAAAACAUCUAGGGUUUAUAUUUGUCUAGUCUUCUAAAUGUGUGAAUAUGUAAAGCUGACAGGUUUUGUAAUAAGUGAAAUAAUAAAAUGUAUUUGUGUGAGA